AUCUCGCCACGUUACGUUCUUUUUGCGUCCCUAUAAUCCCCAAAGCUGGUCUCGCACUCCCCCAGAAAGUUUCGCCUUUCUCCCAUACCCUAAUCGAUCAUCAACAAUUUCAUCUCCAUUAACGUUAAAUUUUCGAUGGAGUUUGGGGUUCAUGGUGAUGUUAAUGGUGGCAUCCUCUUGAAUUUGGUCCGAGUGGAGUGUAGUAGUACCAUGGACAAUGAAAAUGGAACAGGUGAAAAUCCCAUUGAAGGAGUUCUCCAACCGGGUCUGAAUGACAAGUUGGAUUUAACUUCUCCAAAAAGUGGAGACUUCCCAGAGGUUGCUCCGGCUGAUGAGCCUUAUGAGGGUCAAGAGUUUGAAUCUGAGGCAGCUGCACAUGUGUUCUAUAAUGCAUAUGCCACGAGGGUAGGAUUCAUCAUUCGUGUAAGCAAACUUUCCCGUUCAAGGCGUGAUGGAUCUCCCAUCGGUAGGGCCCUUGUUUGUAACAAAGAGGGUUUCAGAACGCCUGAUAAGCGAGAAAAAAUCAUGAGGCAAAGAGCAGAGACGAGGGUAGGAUGCAGGGCGAUGAUUUUGGUGAGGAAAGUAAGUUCCGGUAAAUGGGUUGUCACAAAAUUUGUGAAGGAGCACACACAUCCUCUAACACCUGGAAAAGGACGAAGUGAUUGCAUAUACGAUCACUACCCGAAUGAACAUCAUAAAAUCCGAGAAUUAACACAGCUGCUAGCCAUUGAGAAAAGAAGAGCUGCAACAUAUAAAAGGCAUCUAGAGUUGAUCUUCGAGCAAAUCGAAGAGUACAACGAGAGUCUAUCGAAGAAAAUCCAACACAUAGCUGACAGUGUCCAGGAAUUUGAAAACAACGAGCAGCAGAGCCGAGUAUAGUUUCCAUGUAGCUUUCCCUACGUUGUCGACACAUAGGACCAAAUCCAGGUAUAGAAUUACUAUGCUGGGCACAUACACCGGUGUUCAUAUGAUUCGAUUUGCAUAGAAAAAUCACAUCCUGAUACCGUUCUCGGUGUUUCGUUAGAAUCUAGCCAGCUUCUUGGAUGCCAACCCUUGGGUUCAUACCAAUUCAUUGGAAUGCCUUGCAUAAUUCUGCUUCCGAAUUUGAACCACAUGAUUUGUAGCCUGUAGAACUAGAGGAUCAGUCGAUGUACAGUCUUUUGGGGCAAAGAUAUUCGGCAUCGAACCCCGGGUUAGUCUGGUUCAUGCAGUUACCUUUUAACGGUUCUCUCGGUUCGAAUCUCAAUAUCUGCAACAUCUUUCUUUUUUCUGAAGCAAAAGCCUCCUCUGUACAACAACAAA